AGUCAUUUUAAGCUAAAUUUCUGUUAGAAAAAAAAAAGCAGAGUUCAUCAAAGUGUAUCUCACAUUACUAAAUAUCUAUAACUAUUCCAUCUUUUUCCAGCUUGUGCUUUUUUUAUCCUCCUUUGCCUCAUGCAGGACAGACCCUGAGCAGGCGUUCCCAUAAUGCACUGUUAAGGACAUCAGGAUCAUUCUUCCCAGGCAUGUGCCUCUGUCACUCACCAGCCUUCAGCUGCACGUUGCUGUCCCUCUGUGUCCUCUGUGCUCCCGGCACACGGCUGGCACUUUGCUCCCGGACCUCCCCUCGCUGCCCCUCUGCAGCCGGAGAAAACUUUUUUCAUUUUCUUAUUUUAAACUGCGGUUCAAAACAGGAAGUUUUGGAGGAUCUGAGCAAAGACGGUUGGACGUCGUUUACUUUUCACGCUCCAUCAUGGCCUUCGUACGAAGCUGGGUAGUCGCCCUCCUGCUGGUGCUCCUGUCGCCGCUGCAGCUUCCCCACUCUGGCUUAGCCCAGGAUGUGGCUGAGGAGGAAGAGGAGGAAGAGGAGGAUGACACCAGACAUGCAGAGGAAGCUGAGGAUGAAGAUGGGGAAGGUGCUGAGGAAGACGAAGAGUUAGGAGAAGAAGAAACUGAUGAGGAGGAAGCUGACGAAGAGGAAGCUGACGAAGAGGAAGCUGACGAAGAACAGGAGGAAGGAGAGGAAGAGGAGGAGGAGGAUGAGAAGGAAGGAGAGGAAGAGGAGGAGGAAGAGGCUGCAGAGGUAGAUGAUGAAAGCGAUGGAGAAGAGGAGGAAGAAAAUGAGGCAUCAGAGUCGGAUGAUGGAAGUGAAGAGGAAGAGGAUGAUGAAGAAGAGGAUGAGGCUGCAGACGAUAAAGUAGCUGGUGAUGAGGAAGAGGAGGAUGAUGAAGUAGCUGGUGAUGAGGAAGAGGAGGAUGAUGAAGUAGCUGGUGAUGAGGAAGAGGAAGCAGAGGAUCAUCCUGCUGAAGAUGAAGAAGAUGAAGAAGAAAUCACAACCGAUGAAACAAACGAAGAGGAGGAAACUUCAGGCAAACAGCAGUUCCACUCCGGAUCGUUGUGUAGCGUUUGCUCCAUCUGCGAGCGUUGCUCUGAACACUGUGAUAAGUGUCCGUGUGCGGAGGGAGACGAGUCGGAUCACUGUGAGAACUGCGAAGUUUGCUCGUCCUGCUACAUCUGCCCCAUCCUGUGUGAGACCAUUUGCACUCCAGGCGGUUUCGUCGAUGAACUCACCAGAUCCAUCUUUCAAUCCGUUUCUUCUCUACUUUGAGCAAAAUGCACCGAAGCUUCUUCCAAGAAGAUGAUUGGGAUAAAACUGUUUGUUCAGCAGCAAAACAAGGACUUGACAUCCAGCAGGAGUUAAUCUUCAGUCAUUGUUUAUGUUCUAAUUAAAGCUUUAAUGUUAUUAGGAGGUCAGGUUGGGAGGUUUAUUACAUUUUUGUAUGAAUUGUCUUGUAAAAUAUAAAAGCUACAGUCACUCAUUUCAUGUUGGAGCAAGAAUAUAAAUAAAACUGAGGGGGAAAAAAGUUGUAAGUAACAUAUAUUGACACUUAAAUACACAGAAAAUGUAGAAAAGUAACAUCCACCUCUUUUUAAAUCAUGGAUUAAAUGUAAAUAAACACAUUUCUAUAUAUACAUAUAUAGUAUUGGCAAUUUGCUAAAUCAUAAAGUUUAAGGACUGAGGGAGAGGGAGGGCGCUCAUCCCGCCUCCCAUCUAAAGCCCUGCAGGCCUCACCUUUCAGUUAGCAUCAGCGCUGAUACAUUCAAACAAGCUUUUUAUGCUCUAGUGUGGCUGAAUUGAAACCAUUCUGCUGCCAAAAACAACCAAUCAGAGACAGGAGGAGGGUCUUAACGCUGUCAAUCAACCUUGAAAACGCUCUGCUAAAUGUGCUAAUUGUGGAGAAACAACUUACCGUUACAGGAAACCCGUUUACCCUCAGCUAUCAGUGGGUAUGCUAACUAGCCUUAGCAUUUGCAAUAAGAUCUGUUGACGGGAAAAGCUGCAGUCACAUGACAUGAUGUAAUCAGUAUCAGAGCUCUGAUUGGUUGUUUCUUGCACGGGGAGCAAGCAGAGGAGCUUGAUUUUUGUUUUUUGUUUUAUUUUUGACAGACGAGAUUACGUGAUGGAUUCGUGAACCGUCACGACAUGGAGACUGUUUCACCAAAUAUGUGAGAAAAAUAUCUACAUUUUUUAACAAAAGUUCUGUACGACGACCUUAAGGGAAACUAAUCUUGACUAAAUUUAUUAAAAUAAAAAAAUAUAAAAUAAAUGAAUUUAUUUUAUAUUCAAAUCUUCAUUAGAUAGCAAAGUGUAAAGCAGAAGUUUGCAGCCCAAACAACGUGGAGAGACGUUAGCUAACGUGGGUUCAGGAAGAAUCUCCUGAUUUACUUUUCAAGAAACGCUUCCUUUCCUCCUCAUUCAGCUGACUCAACAAAUUUAGCAAAGUAAACAUAAACUCCAUAAUCAAAACAAGACUUUUGCAGAAGCUUACAACACUUUGGUUGUAAAUUCAUGUUUCCUCAUAACCUGGAAAGAAACCUGUGCAUCAAAGAAUCACCGCCUGCAGCUGAGGCAGCUGGCAGGUUGUAUGUCUGGUUUUCUGUUUUUAUGGGACCGGUGGUAUGUACUUACAGCUUACCUGCAUACAGUCUGAGUUCAAAAGAAGCGGCAAAGUGCACCAGUGCAACCAGUUACUCUGGAACUUUGAGGAUGUUAAUUUUUUAUAGUAAUUGUUUUUUAUAAAUCUGUUGGAUUGGUUUGAUCCGGGUCUCACUCACCGGAAAGCCUCGGUCUUGGUCUUGGUCUUGGUCUGGACUCGGUUCGGUGAUUUCGACACCAACAUCCCUUUGACCUCCAUUAGAGAUGCACUUUUCCCACCAAGCCUGUCAUGUGAUUAACAAUCAAGUUGAUAGUGACAGUUUUGCUCUGGAGGCUCACUUUUGUGUAGAACCUUUUAUUAAUAUAUCAGGACAUUAUCCUCAAGCUUUGCAAACCAUCAGCUGCAUUAAAAUAAACAUUUGCCUUAAUAACACCAGAGUCAGAUCAAAGUAACGCUCUUCAUCUCAGGAUACAAAAACACGCCGCUAAGCAUUCUGGGAAAUAGUUCCCACUCCUCUCUUUUUCUUCUUUCAGUGUAUUUAAGAGCUAAACUAAAAUCUAAAUAAUAUAAAGUAACACACAACUAGCUACUGUUGCAAACUCACGCAUUUAGGUUCGAAAUUUAAAACUCACUAAAUUUGACUUAAAGAGUUGAAGAUAGUACACAGAAGUAAAUGCAGCUCCAGUUUUUUACAGUGAAGUACAUUUUGGUGUUAAGCAGGAAAACCUACAAAAUGAAAAUACUAAUGAUGAGCAGGUGGUGAAAGAAAACACAGACAGGGCGUGGGAAGGUAAUGACAGGUCGUCUCCUCUUACCACCGGGUGUCUGCUUAGUUUUUUAAAGUUUUCUGAUCAGUAAUGCAGCCAUCAGUAUUGUUGAGAGAAACCCAACAGAUUCACGUUCCCAUGUGGAUCAUUACAGCCGUUCUGAUGUACUCACACACUCCAGCAUCUCUGUGAAUGCAAUGAUUUUUACAUGCAGUGGUGAUAAAUCGAGGCGUCUGUCCUUCAGCUUUGAAUCAGACUGAAGAAAAGUGUUUAUACAACACAGUUGGUGGCGGUCAUUAACGAGAGUGGCGGGGGAAAUACAUUUAACAGGAAGCACAUCGAAGCACGGCUCUUGGAAGCCAUCAUGUUGUUUCGACGACAAGAAAACAUUCUUCACACUUGGCAGUGGUUCUGCUGUCUGUGACUCAGCAGAAACAAAGGAAAAUAACUUUAGUACCGACAUACUGAAUGUUAGGUCUGGUGCAUCUCAUAAUUAAAACAUCAAUCUCCUUCCUUAUGGACCUCAAUUUCAUAACUGUAAAUCCUUGCUGUGUUUUUAAAUUUAGAAUAAUAAAAACUCAUUUUCAUUUUGGGUCAAAUCAAAAAUCUGGAUGUUCUUAAAGGGCCGGUUUAUAGAAGCCAUUAAACUGUUAAAAUAUCAACAAAUAGCUGCUGGUUUCAGCAUUCAGGAUGUCUUCCUUAAAAUGAAAUAAUAUUGAAAACCUUUUCAGUCCAACCAGGAUUUCUUGAUUGUUUUUGUGGGGUUUUUUUUGUUGUUGUUUUUUUGCAGUUAAAAUCAUAGAUUUUGUGGAGCUAAUCUAGAAAUAUUUGAAAGGAAUUUUUACAAUAUUUGCUUUACUAUAUGACAUUAAAAGUGACUUUUUUUAAAUUGCUCAUCAAUCAUGAUCUCUGACUACAAGUCGACAUCAAGUAAAGCUGAGGCAGCAGACACUUAAACACAAAGGUUUUGGACAAUUUUUAGAAAAAUUUGCAGUAAAACCAGAAAAAAAGUUUGAUUUUUCAUGAAUUCUGCAGAUUUGUGAAAAACUGGAGGGACUUAUUGAUGUAAUUUGGAGUCUAGAGGGCCGCAUAAAUAGCUACAGUGGGCCAGAUUUGGCCCGCAAGCCUUGAGUUUGACAUGUGCUUCAAAAGGACGAACAAAAAGAGGACUAAUGACGUGUGGUGAAGCGUGAGUGAAAACACCGGCUGAAGGUCAAACAACCGGUUCAUUAAAUGCAAUGAUGUUUGUACAAAAACAGGAAAAAUUAUAUUAAACAGAAGUGGGUACUGUGACACGAGGUCCUGCUGCAAGACAGCGUCUGUUGUUACCUCACAUCUCAGGACCUCCAUGUUGCGGUAAACGGCAAGGAAAGUGAAUAAAAUCUGCAGGAAACUGGUAUUAAACAGUACAUCAAUGAUAUUUCUGUUAUAUAUUAAAGUAAAUGGCAGCUCCUCAGCUUAAUACUAGGAAUAAAACUGCCUGCAAGCAACUCUGGAGCUCAAUUAUUAACAUCUAGUGCCACAAGUUUAAUAAAUACAAAAUACAAAGUGAGACAAAAGGACAGAGUGUGGAUAAAGGAGCCUGGACAUUUCCAGAAAGUCAAACAUUUGAGCCCCUGAUGAAGGAAACAGUGAGUUUACAUCAUUCCUCUCUUGUAAUUAUAAAACACAUAAACAUGUAAUUUAUUCA